AUGGCUACCCUCCCAUCAUACGUUGGAACCACUGCAGUCCUUCCUGUGGACGUUAUCGCCUUUACCUAUUUCAAGAUCACCAAGAUAUCGGAAUGGGGUUUGGAAGGUUUCUUCACCUCCACUGGACUCACUGAGCUAGAGUUUGUGUCAAGCCUGAAGGAUAUCUCACGGAUUAUACAGUUGCCAUCAGAUAUUUCGGAUUUUCGCGAAGAGGCUGAACGAUUACUAUGGUCGACCGGAAAGCAAACCGCUGCUCGAACGCCGCAGACUUCAAACAAGAAGAGGAGUGGAAUCACCAAGGCUAGGGACGAGUAUGUCGGCCUCGAGGAGGGUCUGGACAGCGAUGAACACGAUGAUACAAGCGAUGAGACUGUUGUGGCCGGACUGAAAGUUACUAAGAGUAUGAGAGCUGGCAAUGAGGGUAAGACAGUCGCGAGUGACAACGACAAUGGCAAUGAUCAAGAUGAUGAUGAAGACGACGAGGAUGGCAACGGUGAAGAGACCGUUGAAGACUUGAUUCAAGAGCUCCAAUCAUUGCAGGAGGAUGUUGCUAUCAGCGGCAUCGUGGAUCUGGAUGUUCAUAAGGAUUUCCCCCAACAUGCCGAUUUGCUGUCAGAGUGUCGAGCAGCCAUCGAGUUGCAGUAUCCAAAAAUUCAUGAUCACCUUCAAACCUAUCGUCAGUUUAUGGACGACGACGACGGUCUCAUGGAAGCCAGGUUGGGAGAACUCAUGAAUCAACUCAAGAAGGAUAUGUCUCGUUUUGAAGACGACAGCGAUGAGAUGGUCACCGCCGAGAUUCUGCAGAUUCUUGAGGAAACGGUCUUGAAGGAGGCGCAACAGGAUCAGCUUGCUGUGAGAAAAGUUGUUGGAGCUCGUGCUGCCAAGGGAGCGGCUGGAGCAUCUGGCCGAGGACUUGAUUUCCGUCUUGUUGCAAGCAUCAGAAAGGCGCGCAAGUUCAUUCCCUUCACACUUUGCAACAAUGAACACAAGGCACCGGACACAACGCCUCAAUUCAUCAAGAUCCAGUACAGAAAAAAUAUGCGUCUGAACAAGAGUAUCGCCAUGAAUGGCUGGAUCCCACGGGAGACUUCAACCAUGUUUCUAUAUGUUGUUGGGUUCGUGGGUGACUGGAAUAUCAUCACACACCACGGCGAUGUUAUUUUAUCAUGUCAGGUACAGGACGAGCCUCUGAUCUUGACAGCCAACGCUUUUGAGAUGUGA